AUGCAAGAUCAGAUGUUUCUUACUGUGUACCUCAGUAACAAUGAAGAGCACUUCACCGAAGUUCCCGUCACUCCAGAAACAAUAUGCAGAGAUGUGGUAGACCUGUGCAAAGAACCUGGCGAGAGCGAGUGCCAUUUGGCUGAAGUGUGGUGUGGCUCUGAACGUCCAGUUGCUGAUAAUGAGCGAAUGUUUGAUGUUCUUCAGCGAUUUGGAAGUCAGAGGAAUGAAGUUCGUUUCUUCCUUCGUCAUGAACGCCCUCCCGGCACUAGGGACACUG